AGAAAGGGGAACGAGACAAUAUCUACUAGCGGUGAUCUUUGCCCGUUAAAAUAUACCCUUUUUCAUUGAGUUCUAUUCUUUGUGUUAGGUCUCAAGGAGAUUGGACCUUGUUUACGGUGGAGGAAGUAUUGGCUUAAUGGGACUCGUCUCUCAAGAGGUUCACAACGGAGGUGGACAUGUGAUAGGAAUUAUCCCAAAAACAUUGAUGCGUAAAGAGAUUACUGGGGAAACAGUUGGGGAGGUCCGACCAGUUGCCGACAUGCAUCAAAGGAAAGCGGAGAUGGCCCGCCACUCUGACUGUUUCAUUGCCCUCCCAGGUGGAUAUGGAACAUUGGAAGAGCUCCUCGAAGUCAUAACGUGGGCCCAGCUCGGUAUCCACGACAAACCGGUAAGAUCCUAUCUAAAACGGUUUUAUCGCGAC